AUGGCGACGUUCAUCAACGUUGCGGCGCGCUCCGCCCGCUGGCUCCCGCGCAUAACGCCACGAUCGACAGCGAGCGGCAAGAAUGGCUUCUCGACUUCAUCCCGGCGCCAAUUGAUGGCAACGGCAGGGUUUACCGAAUCCCAGCUCAUGGUACGAGAUGCCGUGAUGAAGAUAUGCUCCAAUUUCCCAAACACCUACUGGCAGCAACAUGACCAGACUGAGGAGUACCCCAAAGAAUUCCACGCCGCUCUCGCCCAAGACGGAUGGCUCGGAAUUGCCCUACCAGACGCGCUAGGAGGAGCCGGACUUGGUAUCUCCGAAGCGACCAUGAUGAUGCAGACAAUUGCCGAGUCAGGGGCCGGUAUGGCGGGUGCGCAGUCGAUUCAUGCCAACGUCUAUGCUACCCAACCGCUCGCAAAGUUUGGAACGCAGGAACAACUUGAGCAGACUAUUCCGAACAUCAUCGCAGGAAAGCUCCGCGUCUGCUUUGGAGUCACGGAGCCCAACGCCGGUCUUGACACGUUGCGUCUAGAGACAUUCGCCAAGAAACAGGAUGAUGGCUCUUACUCGGUAUCAGGACAAAAGAUCUGGAUUACGUGUGCCCAAGUGGCGGACAAGAUGAUGCUUCUGGCGCGAACCACGCCGCGUGAAGAGGCGAAGAAGCCGAGUGAGGGGCUGUCUCUGUUCUGCAUCGAUCUGAACAGAGAUGACCACCGGUUGAAAGUGAGCAAGAUCAAGAAGAUGGGCGGGCGAGCUGUUGAUGCCAACGAGGUCUUCUUCGAGAACUACCCCAUCUCUGGCGAUUCUCUGAUUGGGAAGGAAGGACAAGGGUUUAAGAUCAUCCUUCAUGGUAUGAAUGCAGAACGUUGUCUCCUCGCCGGCGAGGCCCUCGGGCUCGGUUAUGCGGCGCUGGGUAAGGCCGCCGAGUAUGCUCGAGAGCGAGUGGUCUUCCAGCGACCGAUUGGACAGAACCAAGGCAUCGCGCACCCUUUGGCGGAUGUGUAUAUGAGGCUCGAGGCGGCGAAGCAUGCGACAUACCAUGCCGCAAGGUUGUACGAUGCCAGCAAGACGGAUGGAUCGAUUCGACAGGAGGAAGUCGGAGUGGCAUGCAACAGCGCCAAGUAUCUGGCGGCGGAGGCGGCCUUUGCGGCGUGCGAAAGAGCCGUGCUCACCCACGGAGGAAUGGGAUAUGCUGUUGAGUACGAUGUUGAGCGAUACUUUAGGGAGUGUCUGGUACCUAGGAUUGCUCCGGUUAGCCGGGAGAUGAUUCUCAACUACAUCUCUGAGAAGGUGCUCGUAUUGCCGAGAAGCUAUUGA